CGCUAGGGCUGCUGGGAAACGUAGUCACUGGCAGGCCCAGGGCCACGGUGUCCCGCACACCCAGCGGUGACAGCUCAGGAGGGGCCAGCAUGGACCAGUCUGUGGCCAUCCAGGAGACUCUGGCUGAGGGAGAAUACUGCAUCAUCGCAGUGCAAGGUGUGCUGUGUGAGGGAGACAGCAGGCAGAGCCGUCUCCUGGGGCUUGUGCGCUACCGCCUGGAACAUGGAGGCCAAGAAUACGCUCUCUUCCUCUACAUGCACCGGAGGAUGGCCAUUACCGGGGACGAUGUCUCUUUGGACCAGAUAGUGCCGGUCUCGCGGGACUUUACACUGGAAGAAGUAUCCCCAGAUGGUGAAGUCUACAUUCUUGGGCUCAUUUCUGGCUUCCUCUGUGCAGGCUCAGAUGUGACCGUCCAGCUGAACACAGCAGAGCUCAACCUUGUAUUCCAACUACCCUUUGGUUCACACACCAGGAUGUUCCUGCAGGAAGUUGCCAGGGCCUGUCCAGGCUUGGAUCCCGAGACCCCGAAUCCGGAGUUCCUGUGGCUGUCUCGUUACAGGUGUACGGAGCCGGAACCCCCGCCGCCAGGUUGGAACUCGGCCCUAGGCACCUGGACCGGGUGCGCCAGAAUUGGAGGUGGUGGUUCUUACUUGGAUGAUUUGAGGCCAAAUGGGAAAGGCCUGCUUGUGGACCAAAACUCCCGGGGUCAUGAUAAACCAGACAACUUGCUGACAAGACAGACUAAAUCCAGGUCAGAAAUGAAUGACAUGAUUCGCUGCUCCACUAUCACAGUAUCAGACAAGGCUCAUAUUUUGUCAAUGCAGAAGUUUGGACUGAGAGACACAAUAGUGAAAUCACAUCUGAUGCAGAAAGAAGAGGAUUAUACCAAUAUCCAGAACUUCAGGUUUUUUGUGGGAACAUACAAUGUGAAUGGACAGUCCCCCAAGGAAUGCCUCCGGCCCUGGCUAAGUCACAGUACCCAGGCCCCAGACGUGUACUGUGUGGGCUUCCAGGAGCUUGAUCUGAGUAAGGAGGCCUUUUUCUUCCAUGACACCCCGAAAGAGGAAGAGUGGUUUAAAGUCGUGUCAGAGAGUCUUCAUCCCGAUGCCAAGUACGCGAAGGUGAAGCUCAUCCGACUGGUUGGGAUCAUGCUGCUGUUAUAUGUGAAACAGGAACAUGCAGCGCACGUCUCGGAGGUGGAAGCUGAGACCGUGGGGACAGGCAUCAUGGGGAGGAUGGGCAACAAAGGAGGAGUGGCGAUCAGGUUCCAGUUCCACAACACCAGCAUCUGCGUUGUGAACUCUCACUUGGCAGCCCACACCGAAGAGUACGAGAGGAGGAACCAGGACUAUAAGGACAUCUGCUCUCGGAUGCAGUUUUGCCAGGUUGACCCAAGCCUUCCCCCUCUCACCAUCAGCAAGCACGAUGUGAUCUUAUGGCUGGGGGACCUCAACUACAGGAUAGAAGAGCUGGAUGUGGAAAAAGUGAAAAAGCUCAUUGAAGAGAAGGCCUUUCAAACUCUGCAUGCAUAUGACCAGCUAAAAAUUCAGGUGGCUGCAAAGGCUGUCUUUGAAGGCUUCACGGAAGGCGAGCUCACGUUCCAGCCUACGUAUAAGUAUGACACUGGCUCCGACGAGUGGGACACCAGUGAGAAGUGUCGUGCUCCUGCCUGGUGUGACCGGAUCCUCUGGAAAGGGAAGAACAUUACUCAGCUGAGUUACCAGAGCCACAUGGCCCUGAAGACCAGUGACCACAAGCCUGUCAGCUCAGAGUUUGACAUUGGGGUGAGGGUUAAAGAUGAAGACCUGUACCGGAAGACACUGGAGGAGAUUGUUCGCUCCCUGGAUAAGAUGGAGAAUGCCAACAUCCCCUCUGUGUCCCUCUCCAAGCGAGAGUUCUGUUUUCAGGAUGUGAAGUACAUGCAGCUGCAAGUGGAAUCCUUCACCAUUCUUAAUGGACAAGUGCCCUGUCAGUUCGAGUUCAUCAACAAGCCUGACGAAGAGUCUUACUGUAAGCCGUGGCUGAAUGUCAACCCCAGCAGAGGGUUCCUCCUGCCAGAAUCUUCCAUUGAGAUUGAAUUGGAGGUGUUUGUAAAUAAGACCAUGGCUACGAAGCUCAACUCCGGUGAAGAUAAAAUUGAGGACAUUCUCGUUUUGCACUUGGACAGGGGAAAAGAUUACUUUUUGUCUGUGUCUGGGAACUACCUGCCCGGCUGUUUCGGAACUCCCAUUCAUACACUGUGUUACAUGAGGGAGCCGAUCUUGGACCUGCCGCUUGAAACUGUCAGAGAGCUGACUCUGAUGCCGCUCUGCACUGAAGAUGGUGGCAGCCAGUUGGAGAAACCCAUGGAAAUCCCCAAAGAGCUCUGGAUGAUGGUUGAUUACCUGUACCGAAAUGCUGUCCAGCAGGAAGAUCUGUUUCAACAGCCAGGCCUGCGGUUGGAAUUUGAGAAAAUCAGGGACUCUUUGGAUACUGGAAUGAUUGAUACCCUCGAUAUCCUCUCCAUUAACAAUCAUUCUGUAGCUGAAGCCUUGCUGCUUUUCCUGGAGAGCCUGCCAGAGCCCGUCAUCUGUUACAGCGCGUAUCACAACUGCUUGGAGUGUUCUGGCAACUACACAGCAAGUAAACAGGUUAUUUCUACUCUCCCCACAUUCCACAGAAAUGUCUUCUACUACUUGAUGGCAUUUUUGCAAGAAUUGCUGAAAAAUUCAGAAAAAAAUCAUUUGGAUCAAAAUAUUCUAGCUAGCAUAUUUGGCAGCUUACUGCUUCGAAACCCAGCUGGUCACCAAAAGCUUGAAAUGGCAGAGAAGAAGAAGGCUCAAGAAUUUAUUCACCAGUUCCUCUGCAACUCACUCUGAGCCUCUCUGUCUCUUCUCCUAUUUCACUGGAGGCAGCCAAUUUCCAGCCCUACCUGUUUCAGUUCAGGAAUGGCCUUAAAGCUGGAUGUGAGGCCACUUGGAAGCAAGAGUGGCAGUGCCUGCUUUGUGAGCCCGGGCCAUUUUCCCCUGCUGUGGCUGCCACACUCAGUGCUGCUGGGAGUUGUGAGGACAUGAGGAGAAAUCCACCACAAUAAAACUGACAUUCGAUGUGCAACUUUAGUUAAUUUAACACAGAUAGAUCUCUAUUUUUUUUAAUUUUAGAAGUGUUUAAAUAACUGUACUUCUUGUGCUCACUCAGCCUGCCUGCUGAGUAUAGUCAGAGCCGUCCCCCAUAGCCUGGGCGGAGCUUCCCAUGGUCAGAUAUUUGGACACACUGUGGAACUGAAGAGAGAAAUGAGCUCAACAGUAAGAAUGCAAGUGGCAGCUGCUGGAUGAACAGGCCAUAGCCACCCCAGACACUUCCAGCCCCCUGUCUGAGGACAUGUGUCCAUGCAUCUGCAAACCCUCUCCCCUUUCCUACUCUGGUGUGGCACAAGAACUAGGGCUGGCUGCACAGCCUCUGAGGUCGAUACAGUGGCUUGGAAAUGAAAAUACUGAAGAAAUUGGUGUUCUGGUUAAACAAGUGGGAUUUUCUGGGCCAGCAAAGCCUCCAACCUGUAUAUGAUGUAUCCCCUCUCUCAUAUGUGUAAUAUAUUUUAAUGAUAAAUGUAUUUUUAACAGUG